AAGCGUGCAGAGAGUUGCGGGAGACAGAACCACUUGCCCGCAGAAUGCGGGGGAAAAGUGCGCGUGUCUCCCGUGGCUGCUGUGCUCGCGCCCACAGCGACCGGGAGGAAACGAAGCCGCUUGCGCGCAUUUUUGGAUUGACCCAGAUGCGCGCGCUCCCCUCAGGAUGUGUUAUGAUGUCAGCGCUACAUGAGCCCCGAUUGGACACCGAGCAGAGCCCAAGUUGUUGUACCUCACCUGUCUGCGAGCGCGCUUCUGUCGCCACUUUUCUUUACCUGAAGCCGACGGAAGAGAGGUGCAAGAGACCCAGUUACAAUGUCGUACGUGCUGCUGGAGCUGCUGCUGUUGGUGGCGUUUGCGGACGCCGCGCGUGCCGAGCUCGUGUUCCGCUGCCCAAGCUGCAGCGCCGAGCGCCAGGCGGCAUGUCCCGCUCUCACUGCCGAGAGCUGCGGCGAGAUCGUGCGUGAGCCGGGCUGCGGCUGCUGCCCCGUAUGUGCACGCCGGGCCGGAGAACUGUGUGGUGUGUACACACCGCGCUGCGCCAGCGGCCUUCGCUGUUACCCCGAGCCGGACUCAGAGCUGCCGCUCGAGCAGCUAGUGCGCGGCCUCGGUCGCUGCGCGCUCAAAGCGGACGCGGAGCCCAGCACAGGGAGCGCUGAACUGAGCGGUGAGGUUUUGGAGAUUCCGGAAGCAGAACAAACUGAAGUCCCUCCGAUCAGAAGGCCCACAAAGGACAGUCAGUGGAUGGGCCCUAAAGAGAGUGCUGUCAUCCAUCACCGGCAGCAGAUGAAGACAAAGAUGAAGUAUAAAGCAGAGGAACCCAAGGCAUCACGCACCAAGCUGAGUCAGUGUCAGCAGGAGCUGGAGCAGGUACUUGAGAGGAUCUCCAAAAUGCCUUUCCGAGACAAUCGUGGCCCUCUGGAGGACCUCUACUCUGUGCACAUACCCAACUGCGACAAGAGGGGCCAGUACAACUUGAAACAGUGUAAGAUGUCAGUGAAUGGACACCGGGGUGAGUGCUGGUGUGUGAACCCCCACACAGGCAGACACAUCCAGAUCUCCCCAGUGGUGAGAGGUGACCCCAACUGCAUUCAGUACAUCAAUGCCUUAGAGAUGGAGCCACCUUCAGCAUCGCAAAACUAAAAGUGUCAAAGAGAAUCGAUCCUGUGGGCCUCCAACUUCAAAUCUGAGAACCACUCUAAAAAUAUUACAUCUAGUAGGACCAUAUGCAGAAACACCGCUGCAUUGUUGCAAAAAUGUUACAAAGGAUUGACCCAUUUAUAUUACACCAUACAUGUAGAUCAAAAGGACUCAGAUGGUAUAAAGGUCACUGAAGAAAAAGUCUGUACACUAGUACUGAAACAUUUUGGUCAUAUCUUUGGAAAGAAAAUGUAAUUACAACUUUGUUAGUGAUAUUAAUGGUGUCACAUCCUUAUUUCAUCUGCUUUAAGAAUAUUUUACAUAUUCAUUCUGUUUUCUGAAUGUACAAGUAAAACAAAAUGAAUAAUGUUCAGUAUUUUAAGUAUUUCAUGGUGUCAUUUGAAGGAUGACAUUAAAACUGGUAUUAAACUCUGA